AUGAUUUCAUCACAAAUCUAUUAUGUUACUGGAGCAUCCAAGGGAAUUGGUAAAAAAUUAGUAGAGAGAUUAUUACUCAAUGGUGACAAGGUUGUUGCUACAUCACGUGACAAGAAACAAUUAAAUGAAUUGUUUGGUCAAGACAAUGAGAAUUUCUUGGCACUUCAAGUUGAUUUGGCCAAUGAAGAAAGUGUCAAAAAGUCGGUCGAGCAAUCAGUACAACAUUUUGGAACAUUGGAUAUCAUUGUUAAUAAUGCUGGAUAUGGUUUCGUAGGCAGUGUUGAAGAAUCAACAAACGAACAGGUAAAGGAAAACUUUGAUAUCAAUUUCUAUGGUACUUUGAAUGUUAUCCGUCAUGCCCUUCCAAUCCUCCGUACAAAGAGACAAGGUCUAUUUAUCAAUGUUAGUUCACUUUGUGCAUUCUAUGGUUUCGCUGGUUGUGGUAUCUACUCUGCCACCAAAGCUGCUGUUGAUCUAUUAACUGAAUCACUUCAACAAGAACUCAUUCCAUUUAAUGUAAAGGCUAUCACUAUUAAUCCUGGAUACUUUAGAACCGAGUUUAUUGGAGCUAUUAAAAAGCCAUCAUACACUAUUGAAGAUUACAAACAAUUAAAUGACAACCAAACCAAACACGACGAAACCAUGCACAACAAUCAACGUGGUGAUCCAAACAAGUUGGUAGAUGUAGUAUUUGAGAUUGUCAAGCGUAAUGGACAAGGUAUUGCACUUCCACAACAUAUCUAUAUCGGUGUUGAUAGCAAUGAAGUUGCUCUUGCCAAAGCCAAACAAAUUCAAAAGGAAAUUGAAGAAUGGUCUUUUAUCACUACUAAAACUGAUUUUGAUACUGUAGCUGCUGCCACUACUACUCCCCAAUAA